CGCUGGCAGCGGCCACCAGCGGGGAACAGGGCGCAAUGUCCGUUCGCUGCCAGGAGAGUCCGGUGCUGGCAGGCAGCGCCACUUUGGCCGUCCUGGGGGCACUGGUUCUGUGCCUCGCGGAGCCCGCCGGCUACGGGAAGUACACGGAGAGCCGGAUGCCCGUGGCUACCCGCCUGUCCGCCCGCGCCGCCUGGUUCCUGCAGGAGCUGCCCUCCUUCGCGGUGCCCGCGGGGAUGCUCGCCGGGCAGCCCCGCUCUCUCUUCGGCCAGCCUGCGACUGUGCUUCUGGGCCUCUUCUGCGCACAUUACUUCCACAGCGCACUGCCAGGCUCCCGGCGUCCAGGAGCGCAGCGCGCGGCGCGAGCCGCUGCAAGGAACGCGGAGUGCGGCGCGAGGGGAGCACCUGGCCGGGCCGGGGCUGCGGGCCAGACGCGGGCUAGUGGAGGAGCGAUAGCGGGCAGACGCCGCCUUCACUCUCCACGGCCCUGCGCGCGUCUCGGGUCCGCUUCGAAUCCUUGGCCUGCUCGGGGGAAAGCGGUGGAGCGGAGCGGGAGGCAAGCUGGAAAGCUCAAGCUGGGCAGAGCUCUUGGCUCAGACAGUUACCUCUCCAACUCCGCGCCGUCUCUCGUCACCUGUGGCGUCUUGCGCACCACCCCUUCUCGUUCUUCCUUCACCUUUCCUUUGCAGGGUGGGGGCGGGCUAGUUCUGAGAUCUUGA